AUUUCUUUUGAUUAGAAUUGUAAUUUGUCAAUCUUGUUAAUUUUGUUGAAAUUUUAUAACUCAUCAUUCAACAAUGAUUACUUGCGCUCUUUAAUUGUUUUGAAAGAGUCAAGACAAAAGAAAUGUCUGUUUGCAGCUACUCUAUCAACCAAUCAUCAUCAACAGUCAUCGUAAUGAUUUGAUGGUAUAUUGGUUAAUAAUAAUCUGGAUUUGAGUUACUUUUGUUAAGCUAACAGCUGAGUGAUUGACUCGUGUUGACAAUUGAAACCAACUCAUCACAAUCAAUGAACAUGGGCUCAGCCGAUCAAAUUAAUCUCGAUUUAUGUUUAGCUCAAGCAGCAAAUCCUCUUGAUGUUGAGGUUAACGAUGAAGCGAUUGGUCAACUUGUCCAUUUGAUGAAGGACAAUAAGGAAACCAUUGGAUUUGUAUUGAGAUUUUUUGGUCACAAAAUUCAAUCACCUCAUGAAUUGGAAGCCUUGAAAGCGAUUAAUGUUAUUCAAACUCUAGUUAAACGAUCAGAUAGAAAAUUCAUUGAAGAGGUUGGAAAAUUUAGAUUUCUCAAUGAGUUGAUUAAGGUUAUCUCUCCAAAGUAUUUAGCACAAAGAUCUCCAGACAGAGUCAAGAAAAAGAUCAUUGAAUUGCUCUACCUAUGGAGUAUUGAGCUGAAACAUGAACCCAAAAUAUUUGAAGCAUAUCAAAUGCUGAAAAGACAAGGAAUCAUCACCUCCGAUCCAGCUCAUUUGUUACCUGAAAGUAAACCUAUUCCUCCACCGCCACCAAGACCGAAAGAUGAAAUUUGGGAUAAUGCUGAAAAUGCUCUCAUGUUGAAACGAUUAAUUCAAAGUGGUCAACCAGAAGACCGGAUUGCAGCUAAUAAAUUGAUUAAAAUGUUGGCUCAUCAAGCUGAUAAGAAAACUGAGAUCAAAUCUCGAUGUCAAACUGAACUAGAAUUGGCUCGUAACAAUGGUAAACUUUUCUCUGAAGUUUUGGCCAAUUUCAAUUCAUCGGAAGGUGAACAUUUCACCGAGAAAGAGCUUCUAGAUGAACUAUAUGAUAGUUGUAAAAAAUUACGACCUAAAUUGUUUAAAUUAGCCGGUGAAUUGUCCGAAACUGAACCAUUGUUUGAAGAGCUUCUUAAAGUUAAUGAUGAACUGACUAAAGUGAUCAACGAGUAUGAUGUUAAAGUUAAUCAAGUGCCUCAACCAAUUGGCAAUGAUAAUAAUACUAACCCUGAUUCUGGUAAUUUACUCUGGGAAAAUUCACCAAUCAGAAGUAAUUCAUCAAAAGCUUCAACAUCCUUGUCAACAACAAUUACAUCAAACAAUAAUUUGGUUGACAUAAGCUCACCAACAACUGAAUCCUCGUCAUCUUCAAGUAUCAUUACUUCAACCGCUGCCUCUUUGAUGACCUCCACUAAUUCAAUUCCACUGAAUGGUUCACAUUUCGGCGAUGUUAGUUUACUAAGUGACCAUGAAGCAAUCAAGGAUAAUUCUGAUUCUAAUUCAGCUGUCAGUUUACCCCCACCAACAACAAUUAACAAUAAUAGUGAAACCAUGUCAACCCUUUUUGAAAUGUUUCCCAAAACUGAAACUCAGGGUAUGGUGAAUGCUCAUGUUAAUUACUUGAAAGAUAUUCUAGUUCCCUGUAUGCAUAAACCCCCGAAUGUUGCAUCAAUCGCAUCAAAAGAUUUACUAUCAUCCUCACCUUUCACAACACCAACAUCAACAACAAUCACCGAACCAACAAUUAGUAAAUCACCUAAACGAUCAACAUCAUGUUUAGAUGAGCUGGAAAACAUGAUGAGAUUAACGUUAAAUGCUGGACCUAAGCCAGAAAAUUGUGGUGAUUCCAAUAUGCCUCUUAAUGCAUUACGAACAAUGAUUAACAUUCCAACUAUCGAUAAACAAUCAACAACAUGCAAUCAAAUGAACAAUAUUAUAAAUCCAACCAUCGAAUCAAAUAUUAAUCAAUCAGACCUUUUAAUCUCACUGAAUUCAAAAGAACUGGAAACAACCACAUCAUCAACUGAAUCAACUGAAUCAACUGAACCAACAACAACAUCCACUUGUCCUUCAAUUGUCUCAUCAAUCACUGAUAUUUUCAUCCCAUUAGAAUCAGUUGAACCCAGUCAACGAUCACCAAUCAUCCUAGUCAAUGAGAAAGAAAUUAAAUCAAUUUUAAACUUCGGAUCAAAUCAGCCUCGUUCCGAUGUGUCCGUCGCCGUUUUAACCACGACCAAUUUAUCAAACAAAACAAUUAACAAAAUCUAUUUCCAUAUAACCUCAUCAAAGGGGAUGAAAUUCAAAUUUCAAGCACCAUCUUCAACGACUUUAUCACCUUCGAGUCCAUUUUUACCUCCAUCGGCAAUUACCCAAGUGAUUAUUUUCGCAAAAUCGAGUCCAAGUAAACAGGAAGAAUGUCAAUUCCAUCUUGAAUAUUCAAUUGAGACCGAAAAUUUCGAUAAAUCCGGAAAAGUUAUUCUUUAAACGCGAAUUUAAAUUUAACAGUCCACUUAUUAUUCAAUUGUAAUCCAUCUUGAUUACAAUAAAACUUUUAAUUGUGUAAUUUAAUUAUGUAUUUAUUAAGAAAAAAGCAUUUGAAAAAUUAAAUUGGUGAUUAAUUAUAAGAA